GCUUUAGUUCAGCCUGUUUUCGAUUUGUCCUAGGGUUGCUCUGGAAUCACAGCGAGUGGCUCAGUGAUAACGGUACAUUGUCCUAGUACUGCUGAAUUUACAUCCGUAGAACCUUCUCAUUUUACUAGUACCUAAUUUCGAGGCCGUUCUCUCGUCUAGUCUGUCACCUUCCGUGCUCCUCACGCGGUAUCAUCCCUUGCAUAACAUAACCAUGGCAAAGCGUACUGGAGUGUUCGUUCUCUGUAUGCUGGUAGCUGCCAUGUUCUGCACUGGCGACGUGUCCGGUUCAUCCGUAGCAGCGGGAUCUUCGGCCAUGGAGGUCAAAAGCCGCAGCAAGCGUUCACUGCUCAAUUUCGGUGGUAUGAUCUCGUGCGUGAUACCCCAAGCUGGUAACGCCAUCACUGCGGCGAUACGCUAUACGAACUACGGAUGCUGGUGUGGAGUGGGUGGUUCCGGGCCAGUUGCUGACGAGAUCGACGAGUGCUGCAAAGUGCACGAUGCCUGCUAUGACGAAGCCAUUGCCAGCGGAUGCUCUGAUCCCAAGUUCGACAAUUACCACUGGAACUGCGAUGGCGGAGACCCGUCCUGUCGCAGCACGUGGUGGCAAGAACUCUUCGGUGGCGGUAACAACAGCUGUGAGAAGAAGAUCUGCAAUUGUGAUCGCGUAGCAGUGGAUUGUUUCCACAGGCACAACAGUGUGUACGACUCCAGCAACAUCGCUUACAUUGAUCGAAGCCACUGCAAAUGAGGUUUCAAACAUUUCGUUUCAACCAAAUGUAAAUGGGAACAGCACUAUCAUCCUUUUACAGCCUCCAAAGUAAAGCAAAAUGCUACUCAGCCUGCACCUGAAGUGUGAUAAUAGCACUCAUAUUCAUUUUCAUUCGUUUUCUUUUGCAUCAGUAGUAUCACGUGGCUUGUAAUAGAUUCGUCACUCGUGAUUCCACAGUCCAUACAGAUCAUUGUCAACAGAACUACAUGUACAUGAGUUUUCAUUUGUACACUCCACUUAUUCUACCCGAAUAUAGUUUUUUAGACCUAACCCGUUGUAUGAAUUCUUCAAUAGUGAGGUCAUUAUUUCCGCCCCGCGUGCCCGCACUGGAUACACAGUGGAAAUCAUUUUAGUGUUAAAGAAACGUUCAACACCAGAACAGUCGACAACAUUCCAGGUUGUUGUUGCUCCGAGUGUUCGGCAGAUACGUCAGUCAGGGGACCACGCCUGGGUGCUUCCCAGGGCCUAGGGGCCCAGCACCACCGGCCAGCUACCGCUAACCUCUCAUCCACGACGUAUACAAUCAUGAUACACAAAGGUCAAAAAGAAUGGUUCCACCAAUAAUUAUUAUAUAAUUAUACAUGUGCAUACAUGUAUGUUGUAACGCUAUAGGGAAGGCCUCUUUUACGGGCAAAUCACAGCACAAUCAUCACCAUGUAUCAGUACAGUGAAUAGUUGAACCCAACACGAAUGAAAAAUGUGAAAUGGAAUAAAACAAAACAUUGUAACGCUGCGUUUCAUGCACGUAGCUAAAUGCUAAGGCAAUCAUCAGACAACUAAUGCUUUUGUCGCGGGA